GAGAAGAUUCGGAUUCAUGAAAAUGUGUGGGGGCGGGAAAAAGAGAAAAUGGUGAUGUUUGGCUGUAUUAAGAUUACAACAAGAGACAAAGUAGAUGACCUGGUGAAAGUUUGAUUUGGAGUUACCUGUACUACCUAGGUAGUGAUCUCCUGCUCGGUAUAUCUGUAUCUCAGAGGGAAACUAAUCCCGGAAAAAUAAGAUAGAUGUCACUACAGAAAAAGACGUGCUGUGGCGCAGUACCCAAGGCAGCUAUGCUUGCUGUUUUUAGGGGUUUCUUUUGCCUUCGUUGGGUCCUUGGUACCGAAGCUUACUCCGAUCAGAAGGUGCAACAGCCGGUUGACACUAAUGCAGAAGAUGCGCAAAAGGCGGCUUUGGCUGCUGCGACGGAAGAGAUCAUGGAUACGUCUGGGUCGCUUAACAAAACUGUAAGCGGGCUAGCCCUUCCAGCAGACGUAGGCGCAAAGGGCCUUCUCCUUCUAUUUCAUGGUUGCACCCACCAAGCAGGCGAUUGGACCUUCCUGCCAGAGGAGCAGAAGUUCCUCAAAGUCGCGCAAAAGGAGUUUCAGCUUGGAUACCUCGCUUUCGAGACGCCCUUGGGUGAUAUGGCCAACUGGUGCUGGCCUUCUGAUCCUAACGGCGUUAAAACAGUGGCAGACGACGUCCGUGCAGAACUCGCAUUGCUGAAGCAAAAGAGGCCAGAAUACAAGCAACUAAUCGUAUGACUCGUCCCGUGUCUUGAUCUUCAUCUUGUACUUUCUUGUUUUUAUAAUUUUCAUACUCGUCUGCUAGAUUUCAUACAGCCCUACAGAAUAAGUGCAUCUGCACUAUCGUGAGUGUUUUCUAAACCAAGCGGACAAGAAAGUUUAUUGCGUUGGUGGAAGCAGCGGCGGGAACGUAAUAGGGCUGUUGGGGGCAGAGUACCCAGACCUUUGUACAGGUGGCUUCGCGUUCUACGUGUCGCCGGGUGGACUGUGUAAGGCAUGAAAUUCCACGUUCGACCGGUCAUACAUUCGCCCUUCACAGAGUGCUACUGUCGAUUUCAUCAAUCAACACAGCGAGGAAGUAGGUUUGAUCUGCGUGGUGCGUAUGAGCAAAAAGUCGUACCUGUGUACUUUGCAGUUAGCCAUAGCUUUAGGUUAUGCCUAACCCGCAUGUAUAGUUCUUUCAUGACCUCCGACGAGAAAAUUGCAAGCAGCGCGCACCUAAAAGAGCGGCCAGUCGUGUGGGUGUACAUGGGAAAAGACUCCAGCUUUGCUUCCCUUCCGCGUAUUUCUAGAGCGAAAGAGGCAUGGUGUGGAAAGGGCGACAGUGAUAAAGACAGCUUUUAUGUUCACAAGAAAUAUCAAACAAAUUUUACAUAGGAUCAAACCUCGGACUCGCAAGAACGACUAGAAGCAAGUAUGAAUGAGGCCACCAACGAUCAGCCACUAAAAAAAGGCCAUCUGUUUCUCAUCAUGAGAAAAAUAGCAUCAUGAUGAAAUAUAUAUGCUUCAACAAUUUUCAUUUUGAAAUAACGACUACUUCUAAGGCGGAUGCAAGGUUAUGAACAUCGAGCCUAGGCCGCUCUCAGCCGACGAGUUUGUGGCCAUUUCUGCUGAAAAGGGCGCAAAAUGGUUUUCUGAGUUGCAGGACAUGGAGUACUUGAAGCCAGACGGACACGCGAAGCGUGACCCGAGGUCAGAUCCUGGCUGGGCAGGUCGGUUUUUUUCCAGACCAGCUCUCAAAAACCAAGAAAAAAUGCGGUAAAAAUAAAAUUUUGAUUUUCCAAAUUCUGUUGUGUAGCUUGUAUAACAGUUAGAAUCAAUGAAGAAUCUUUGAAGUUAGUCUAUUUUCAUCAUCAGUUCUAAAGACUCCGCUCUCACUUUUUCUGAUUGACUUAUUUUCCAUUACGGCCUACUAACUUCCGCCUUCCCACUUUUCAUCUAUAACAGGGCAAAGAUGGCGAUCGAAGAACUUCUGAAUCGUGCAUGGGCUAGCCAUGAAUUUGCUGGUGACCAGGCAAGAGAGGUGCUCACUCAUCUGUUAAGGCUUUUCCUUUAAAAGUACAUACAAUUUUCAAUUUUCAUUAGUAGAUAGCAGCAUAACGAAAAACAAUCGCGUUUUUUCAUGCUGUAAAGAGGUGAAUCUGAAUCACAAUUCAGGAAUGAAGAGUCUAGCUCUAAGACUGGUAACGCCCCCGCCGCACCCCGGCGGCGCGACGGACCGAGAAGAGGAGUCAAACACUUCCGAUGGCACGCUCUAGACUCGUCCGAGGUGCGCUCCAUAACAUGUCAUAACAUACAGAAACCAAAGCCUGAUUAUGACUGUAGCUGGGUUUGGAUCUACAACUGGUGCCACACGUUGGCUGCUGUCUUGUGUAUCAUCCUGGGUGACUCAUACAUAAGAUCUUGGUAGGAACGAUUCAAGCCCCUCAUGCUUUGAGACUUGAUACGAGAACAUCCAAGAAGAACCUUAUCAAGAGGGACGGUAACCACGAUCAAUUUCUUGAAAAUUUCAGAUCCUUGAAGUAACGAGAAGUUCCCUUCGUUGAUAUGAAAGUGUUUUGCGG